AUGGCCUCGAGCCAGUACAGCGCGUCGCCUGUCCCGCCUGCGCGGAUCCGGGUCGUGGCGCAUCCGCCGUUGGCGCCGUUGCGAGCCUGGCUGCCGCUCCCGACCCCGACCUCGCUCCACCGCGCGCCAGUCGUCGCAGACGUGCUCGCCGCCGUGAGCAGGCUGCUCCAGGGCCGUACCGACAUUGCGUGCGAGAUCCAGGGCUUUACGGUGCUCACAGACUCGCCACUGAGUGUACUCGAUCCUGUCAACGACAUCCUCGACAUCAAGGUCGCUACCGCUCCUCUUCCUCCCUUUCCCGACACCCUCGCUCCCCCCGUCAUCCCUCCCUACGUCGCACCCGCCGCACAAGCAGCCGCCGUCCCGCUCCCGCCCUCGAGCUCGUCCGGCAUCGACACCGACACCAGCUCGGAUGCCGACUCGUGCUCGGACAUGGACGAGUCGAGCGACGACGAGGCCGCGCCCGAGGUGUUCCCCUCGAAGCGGCCGCUCGCCCUCGCCAAUGGGCACGGCCCAGCUCCGCCCCCUGCACUAGACGGCGAUGAGCGGCCCGCAAAGCGCCAGCGCACCGUCACCCGUUCGCCAGCACCGGCCUCAUCGUCAUCGUCGUCGAGCUCGUCCUCGUCCACAUCCUCCUCCUCCUCCGACUCUUCCUCGUCCUCGUCCGACAGCGACACCGACAGCGACUCGGCCACCUCUCACGUCGACACGCAGGUCUCACCUCGACGCGUUCUUGCGGCGCUCGUUCCGCCCGGCGAGGGCAAGCGCCGCACUCGCAAGCGCAACCAGCGCAAGCGCAUGCUCAAGGCGGCGAGGAAGCGCGAGCGGGCGCUCGACGCCGCGCCUGUCGACCCGCCGGCGACGACCGAGAAGGAGACGGCGGCCGAGGAGCUGGGCGACGUCGGCGAGCCGAUCUGUGCGCCGCUCGCGCCGCCGAAGCCCGCCUCGCCGAUCAAGCCCGUCCCGCCGCACAAGGCGCCCGCCGUCGCACCUCGCCCGCCCGCCACGCCCACUCGUCUUGCUCUCUCCACGCCUGAGCUCGCCCUUCCUGCGACGGCACCAUCGCGCAAGUACUCGACCGGCGGCGAGCCGGGCAUAUCGCUCGUGAGCGCCGGCACGCGCAACACGCCGUCGUCCGAGCGCGGCGCAGGCGGCACUCGUGCCGGCGUCAGCAAGGCGCAGAAGCGCGGCUUCUUCCGCGAGCCGCAGCCCGCCGUCGGCGGCGUCGCAGCGCCGCUGCCGGACCGCUCGACGGCGGCGCAGGAGGAGCAGGCGCUCGCGGCGCAGGGCAGCCCGGUGUACACGCCUACGUCGCCGGCCUUCUCGCCAUCGACGGCGCUCGACGACGUCGAGCCUGCGACCGUGCCCGCACCCGUGUCGGCGUCGGCGACGAGGCCGGGUCGGGCCGACGAGCACUCGCAGCCUCGUGCGCCGCGCUUCGUCUCGCCCUCGAAGCGCACCGACCUCCCGCCCAACCUCGUCAUCACGAGCGUCGACGUCGAGGCGGCAGGGUGGGAGCCCGGCGUCGGCAGGGUCGUCAAGGGGACGAGCCGCGAGUGGGUCGCGCCGGCGAGGCCCGUGCGCUCGGUCGACGAGUUUGUGCGGGACGUGCCUGCGGUUGCCGAGGAGCCUCAGCAGGAGCAGGGAGCAGGAUGGGAGGGCUGGCGCAGGGCGGACGAGGUGGCGCAAGGGUGGGACAAGCUGCGCCCGUUGAAGAAGGGGGACAGUGCGGCACGGUCGGGCGCGAGAGUCGCGGUCAAGGUUCUCGAGCUCGACCCGUCGACGUUUGCCCCAACCCUCGCGCUCAAGUACGGCCGCCUUCUUGAUCCCUCUCCCUCUUCCUCGUCCCUGCGCAUCGAGCUCCACCCCGACUGCCUCGCACCGGCUCUCGACCCGGCCGACGACGAGUGGUACGGCGACGACGACGAGGCGCAAGGGGACGAGACGGCGUACCACGCCAAGCCGCGCAUCCGGUUCGGCGAGGACUUGUUCAUGGCCGAGCAGGACGAGGGCGAGGAGCGCGGCUACGUCGACGAGGGUGUGUGGGAGGGCGAGUGGGAGGGAGCCGACGUGCGUCUCGUCGUCGGGCUGUAGCGCAUUUUUCCUGUGCCGUGAACGCGUUGCUCUCUCUCGCUCUCU